AUGAGUGAGCUGGUCGGUGCAGCGUUUGGAUCAGUGGCCACAGCAGCCUCGAGCGUUGGUUGGUUUGUGCCGAUGCUGGUUGCCGCCAUUGCCUAUUUCCAGUACGAAGAGUUCAUGGAUCCGGAGGCGCGUGUUAUUGACGUCCCGACCGAGAUUAUGCUGGACAAGUACGACUUUAUAAUUAUAGGCGCAGGAUCUGCCGGAGCCGUUCUGGCGAAUCGUUUAACCGAGGUGGAGAAUUGGAAUGUACUGCUGCUGGAGGCGGGAGGCGAUGAGACGGAGAUAUCCGAGGUACCGCUAAUGGCGGGCUAUCUGCAGCUCAGUAAGCUGGACUGGAAAUACAAAUCGGAACCGUCCGGAACGUUUUGUUUAGGAAUGAAUGGUGGACGGUGCAACUGGCCGCGUGGGAAAGUACUCGGAGGAUCGAGUGUACUAAACUACAUGCUUUAUCUGCGUGGAAACAAGAAAGACUACGACAACUGGGAAGCGUUGGGUAACACCGGCUGGGGUUACAAGGAUGCACUGUAUUACUUCAAAAAGUCGGAGGACAACAUCAAUCCCUAUCUGGCUAACACGCCUUAUCAUUCCACCGGCGGUUAUCUUACGGUUGGCGAAGCACCUUACCAUACACCGCUAGCGGCCGCUUUCGUGGAAGCAGGCGUCGAGAUGGGCUACGAAAAUCGGGAUCUAAAUGGUGCCAAGCAGACCGGCUUCAUGAUCGCUCAGGGCACGAUCCGUCGAGGGGGACGCUGCAGCACCGGUAAAGCGUUCCUACGACCUGCACGUCUACGACCCAACCUGCACGUGGCAAUGUUUGCCCACGUGACACGCGUUAUGAUAGACCCGAUCAGUAAGAUCGCGUUCGGAGUGGAGUUUAUUCGCGAUCGAAAGCUGCAUCAUGUGCGUGCCUCCAAAGAGGUGAUCGUAUCAGGUGGUUCCGUAAACUCACCGCAAAUUCUGAUGCUCUCCGGCAUUGGGCCGAAGAGUGAGCUUGCCAAGCACCGGAUACCGCUGAUCAAGGAUUUGCCGGUUGGCGAAAAUCUGCAGGACCACAUCGGGCUCGGUGGGCUUACAUUCAUGGUAAACCAACCGGUGUCGAUCGUGGAGAAUCGGUACCACUCGAUGUCGACCGUGCUACAAUAUGCGGUGUUGGGACAGGGUCCGCUAACCAUUCUUGGCGGAGUGGAAGGACUCGCGUUCGUGAGUACGAAGUACGUGAACGCAACAGAUGACUAUCCGGAUAUUGAGUUCCAUUUUGUAUCCGGCUCGACCAACUCGGACGGGGGCAAUCAGCUGCGCAAGGCACACGGUCUAACGGAAGCGUUCUACAACGCCGUCUUCAAGCCGAUCAACAAUAUGGACGCGUGGAGCAUCAUACCGAUGUUGUUGCGGCCGCACAGCGUCGGAACGAUAAAGCUGCGGAGUAGCAAUCCCUUCGAUUAUCCGUACAUUUACCCGAACUAUUUGCACGACGAUCGUGACAUGCGCACACUGAUCGAAGGUGUGAAGAUCGCAUACGCACUGUCCCGAACACAGACGAUGCAGAAGUAUCAGUCGACGCUGAGUGCGUACAAAUUUCCCGGAUGCGCCCACAUCCAGAUGUUCACCGAUCUGUACUGGGAGUGCAUGAUUCGGCACUACACUUGCACGAUCUACCAUCCAGUCGGUACGUGCAAGAUGGGCCCGUACUGGGACAAACAGGCUGUCGUGGAUCCGCAGCUGCGUGUGUACGGUAUACGCGGGCUACGUGUAAUCGAUGCCAGCGUUAUGCCAAAGCUCGUCAGUGCCAACACCAACGCACCGGUGAUUAUGAUAGCAGAGAAGGGUGCCGACAUGAUAAAAGACUUUUGGAUCAAACGAGGCGUUGCAUAG